AUGGACCCUCGUCUUCUACUCCUCACCUUGCUUGCUCUCCUUGGUUCUUGCGCUUGCGCUUCCAUUCAUGGUGAUGCCUUGGCAUUAGCUUCUCUAAGAGAAGGCUUCCUUUCUUCCACCUCACAACUAGUGAGCUGGAACACUUCCAAUCUGCUCUCUGUCUGCUCCUGGUUCGGAGUUCGGUGCGAGCAUGAUCGCGUCGUCGGGAUCGACAUCUCUAACCUGAACAUAUCCGGCUCUGUUGCAAUGGACAUCUCUGGCCUUGACUCCCUCGUCAACCUCUCCCUUGCCGGGAACCAGCUUCACGGUGAGAUCAGAGUGUCGAACUUGCCGAGCCUUCGAUACCUCAACAUCUCUUCCAAUCAGUUCCACGGCGGGCUGGAUUGGAACUACUCGAGCCUGCCGAGCUUGCAGGUGUUCGACGCCUACGACAACAACUUCACAGCCUCGUUGCCGCUCGGCGUCCCAGACCUGAGGAGCAUCAGGUACUUGGACCUCGGUGGCAACUACUUCAAUGGCAGCAUCCCGGCGUGCUACGGGAGCUUAGCUGGUUUGAAGUACCUCUCGCUAGAUGGCAAUGAUCUCAGAGGUCGAAUUCCCAGCGAACUGGGCAAUCUCACGAGCCUCCGGCGGCUCUAUUUGGGCUACUACAACGUGUUCGACGGCGGCAUCCCAGUCGAGCUCGGCAAGUUGAUCCAUCUCGCCCAUCUCGACCUGUCGAGCUGCGGCCUCGGCGGACGAAUCCCCCACCAGAUCGGUUAUCUGAUCAACCUCGACACCCUCUUCCUCCACACCAAUCGGUUGUCUGGCCCGGUGCCGCCGUCGCUCGGCAACCUCACGAGGCUGGUCUUCCUCGACCUGUCGAACAACGAGCUCACAGGAGAACUCCCGCAGCAGCUCGCCGCGCUCACGGAGCUCAGCCUGUUGAACCUCUUCAUGAACCGGCUGCAUGGGCCGCUGCCGGCGUUCCUCGCCGUGCUGCCGAAUCUGGACACUCUGCAGCUCUUCGUGAAUAACUUCACCGGCGGCGUACCGGAGAAACUCGGCGGCAGCGGCCACAUCCGCGUGCUUGACCUUUCGUCGAACGAGCUUACCGGUACGAUUCCCGCAAACCUGUGUCCAUCGAACGGGCUCCAAGUUCUCAUCCUCUUCAGGAACUUCUUCUUCGGUCCCAUCCCUGAGAGCUUGGGCAUGUGCUUGAGCCUAACGAGAGUGAGGCUUGGUCAGAACUCUCUCAAUGGAAGCAUUCCUUCAGGAUUCCUGUACUUGCCGCAGAUCAACCUAUUAGAGCUCCAAGACAACCACCUCUCCGGCCCGAUGCCGGAAAAUUCCAACACUAGCCGGAGACCAACCCAACUGGUCCACCUAAACCUCUCAAACAAUUCGCUCACCGGUCUUCUUCCUUCCUCGAUCCGCAGUCUAUCUUCGAUCCAAACCUUCCUUCUCGGCCGCAACCAGUUGACCGGUCUGAUCCCCAGGGCCAUCGGCUCCCUGAGUCACGCAAUUAAGCUCGACCUUAGCUGCAAUGGCUUAUUGGGCUCGAUCCCACCCGAGAUCGGAAACUGCACCCGGCUCACCUACCUCGACCUCAGCCAGAACAACCUCUCCGGCCCCAUUCCGCCGGAGAUCGCCGGAAUCGGGGUGCUAAACUAUCUGAAUCUUUCGCGCAACCAACUGAACGGGUCGAUACCGAGGUCGGUCGCGGCGGCGAUGAGGAGCCUCACGGCGGCCGAUUUCUCCUUUAACGAUCUCUCCGGCUGGCUGCCGGACUCCGGGGAGUUAGCCUACUUGAACGCCACCUCCUUUUCCGGCAACCCCAAGCUCUGCGGACCGGGUUCGAACAACUCGUGCGACUACGUGGCGGGGGCACCCCGGUCCGGACGCUCCCACGGGGACUUCGAGCUGGCCCUUGCGCUGGCGCUUGUCCUCAGCUGCUUCGCGCUUGCGCUGGCGGCGGCGGGGCGGGCCAGGUUGCAACGUGGCGGGUCCGACGGGGCCACGUGGCGGCUCGCCGCCUUCCACCAGGUGGAUUUCGGCGUGUCGGAUGUGCUGGAGUGCAUGAAGGAGGGUAACGUGGUCGGGCGCGGCGGCGCGGGGGUGCUGUACCGCGGCCGGACCCGUGCCAACGGCGAUAUUGCAGUGAAGCGGCUGGUGAGGCUGGGAUCGAACGGGCACGACCGCCGCUUGGACGCCGAGAUCCAGACGCUCGGCAGCAUCCGGCACCGGAACAUCGUCCCCCUGCUCGCCGUCUGCUACAUAUCGGGGAAGACCAACGCGUUGGUGUACGGGUACAUGAGCAACGGCAGCCUGGGGGAGCUGCUGCACGGCGGAGGGGGCGAGCGGUUCGGCUGGAGAAGACGGUACAGGAUAGUGGCGGCGGCCAGGGGUUUGUGUCACCUCCACCAUGACCGCAGUCCCAUGACCGUGCACCGCGACGUCAAGUCGAAGAACAUCCUGCUUGACGCUGCGAAUAUCGAGGGACACGUGGCGGACUUGGGGCGGGCCAAGUUCUUGCUCCACGGCGGUGGCUCCGAGUGCAUGUCCGCCACCGCUGGCUCGCACGGCUACAUCGCUCCAGAGUAUGCGUGCGCUCUCAAGGUGGAUGAGAAAAGUGAUGUCUACAGCUUCGGGGUGGUGCUGCUGGAGCUCAUCUCCGGGCGGCUGCCGGUCGGAGGAUUCGGGGACGGCGUCGACAUCGUUCAGUGGGUAAAGAGGGCCACUAGUUGCAGCGGGGACAAUGUUGGACACAUCGUGGACCUAAGAAUUUGCAGAAUGCCGACAAUGGGGGAGGUGAUGCAUGUCUUCUCUGUUGCCAUGCUGUGUGUCCAAGAGAACGGUGUCGAGAGACCAACGAUGAGGGAGGUAGUGCAGAUGCUCUCUGAAGGAGAGCAGAGGACCAACCUCUAUUCUCCUCUAUCAUCAUCCUCCUCUUGUAGGAGAGCAGGGCAGCGGCGAUAG